AGAUUACAAGGCAGAGAAGACUUUUCAAGUCUACUAUUCCUAGAAAAUGUUUCCUGGUUAACUUGGCAGAAAGAACCUACAAACAAAGAAAACUCUACCAACAAGAUAACAAAAUCCUUCUCUGUGCUUUCUUCUUUUCUCAGUCACCUUGUAAAUUCACAGGUGUUUUUCCAACAACCCUUCCAAUAAAAAGGUCAAUAUUAGAGAUUAGAGACCAAACAUCAAAAGCAGAUACAUCAAUCUAACAUGAUAUCUCUCUUCAGCAAAAACAACCUUAAAAAAAAAACCAUAAAUCUUUGACCUCUGAUACCUCUUCAACCAUGGAUGACAAAGUUGAUUGGUCUCAACUCCCUACAGAGUUAUGGCCAAAGAUAGGAAAAUAUCUUGAUAAUCACAUAGAUGUCCUCAGAUUUCGCAGUGCUUGUGAAUCAUUUCGUUCUUCUGUUCCACCUUCUCUUCCGAAUUCUCCUUCUUUUCCUUUACAAAUACCUCACCCCAUCAACAUCUCUGUAAACAGUCACCUCAACAAAUCAACCAUUUAUCUUAUUGAACCAACUGAUGUAAGUUCCAACUCCAAUUUACAAUCUUUAGCAUCAUCUUCUUCUUCCAAAGGUUGGUUAAUUAAGAUAGAAGAAUCAAAGAAUCUUCCUAUGAGAUUGUUGUGUCCGAUCUCCGACCGAAAAUUAUCAUACCCUCAAAGCAAUAACAAUACUGCUUUUAAGCUGUGGAACUUGUUGGAUUAUAGGGUCAUUGAGCUAUGCAAAUCAUAUACAAUUGAAAAGACUACACGUUUCUCAAGUUCUGUGCGCAAAGUUGUGUUCUAUCCUAACUCUCCUUGGAAUAGUGUUGAAGAUUGUGUUUCGUGUUGUAUCUUUCAAGAAGGUAAAUUAGGAAUCAUGAAACAUGGCGACGAAAAAUGGAAACUUGUAGAUGACAAGAAUUUCUACUACGAUGAUGUUAUAGUGUUCAAGGGUCAGUUUUAUGUUACUGAUAAAUGGGGAACUAUUUCAUGGAUUGAUGUUUCUUCCUUGAAAUUGAUACAAUUUUCACCUCCUUUGUGUGGUUUUGGAAACAAGAAGCAUUUGGUGGAGUCUUGUGGGAGUCUUUAUGUUGUUGAUAGAUACUAUGAAAGUAGUGAAAACAUGAGAAGAAACAACGUUGGAAGACGCCACGAUCGAGACGCAGUUGUGGAGUGUUUUAAAGUUUAUAUGUUGGAUGAAGAAUGGGGGAAAUGGGUUGAUGUGAAAAACUUGAGAGAAAGAGCCUUCAUUUUGAGCAAUAGUUGUAACUUCUCGGUUUCAGCUGAACACUUAAUUGGAUAUCAAGGAAACUGCAUCUACUUUAGGGAUACAUUCGAUGUUCGUAUGUAUAAUUUGGAUGAUCAUAGAAUCACUACUGUUGAUUUUUAUUCUUCCAUUGACAAGACUAUGUGGUCGCAUUUGCCUUGGAUGAGAUGUUAG